UUCGAGACACCGGUUUAUUUGAGGCUUUAGUCCAGCCUUGAAGGACUCAGCCUCUCCAUGGGACAUCUUUUCUCUGUUGACUCCUUGCGACCUUUCAUACAUUAAUUACCAGCAUGUGAAUCCGUUUCUUGAUCCUUAUACUUCUACUGAUAUGGCAGCGUUAGUAGGUGAAGACAGCUUGCUGCGCCAGCUUACAUCAUGGCAGAUACUGUUUAUAGCCAUAGGUGGCACCGUUGGAAUUGGAUUCGCGACGACAAGCGGGGAGGUCCUUGCUAUAUCAGGCCCGGGAGGAUUGCUCAUCGCCUUCGCGGUAGUGGGGCUUGUAACGAUAUUUGUUAUGGAAGGGAUUAGUGAGAUGAUUGUUCUCUGGCCAAUACCAAACGCGAUGAUGGAAUUUGUGGCCGCAUUUGUGGACAGAGAUCUAGCGGUCAUCGUCGGUAUUGCAUACUGGUAUACGAACGCUGUCACGCUCGCUGCAAUCAUCAUUGGGGCUGCAGAUCUGCUAGAUUAUUGGGAUAUAUCUUUUCCAAUAUUGAAUGUUGUAUUUGUGGCGUUCCUGCUUGGAGUGCUUGGAAUUAAUGCUUUUGGGGUCAAGGUUUUUGGAUGGGUAGAACUUGCUGGUGGCAUCAUCAAAGUCCUACUAGUAACGACAAUCUUCAUAAUCAUGAUCUGCAUAAAUGCAGGUGUUCUCGGUACUGGCCAGCGUAUCGGAGCCGAAUACUUCGCCGAUGGUGUUCGAAACAACCCAGAGGUGGCCCACAGUCAUAUCGAAGCAGUACUAAUGUGUAUUCCUCUUGCGAUAUUCUCAUACAUCGGCGUCGAACUUAUCACUGUUACGGCAUUCGAAGCGAGAACGAAUCGCGAGCUGCAAUUUCCUUCCAAACAUAUUGCAGUUAUCAUUUUCGUUAUAUACAUGGUGAGUAUUGGAGGAUUUGCAGCAAACAUCGAGUGGUUCAACCAAAAUCUUCCUCAGUUUUUAUCGCAAGACCGCAUCAACGUUACCGCCAUUCCCGCAGCGAAUCUCAACUCAACCCUUGGACAUUUUCCUCGCAGCUGGCAAGUUCUACCAAACCUUCAUAAUAUCACAGCGGCUCCCGUAGUCGCUGUUAUGGAAGCUGGAGUUCCUGUCUUACCUGGACUGUUGAUCGGGUUCUUGAUUUACUCUGGGAUGAGUGCUGCGAACACCGCGCUCUAUGUGUCCUCGAGAACGCUGUAUGGACUCACACGACAAUUAAGACAAGACGAUGAUCGUUUUGUCAAACGUACUAUUGCGAAGCUCAACACAGUCUCUCCAAAGACACGGGUUCCAAUUUGGGCUCUCAUCUUCUCAUGCUUCAUCUUCGCUGGUUGGCUCCCAUUUGCACAUUUUCAGUCUAGUUUUACUCAGGAAGAGCUCAAACAAACUCUUGUCGCCAUCGGUAGUGUCAGUUGCGUCUUGGUAUGGGCUUCGCAAUGUCUUGCAUUCAUCCAAUAUAAUAAAUGGUUAUGGAAACAUAAACAACGACUAAGAGAUCAUCAAACCAUGAACAGAUUUGAUCGGUGGCAUCCCAGGGGUUUCUCGACCUAUCUCGUUAGCCUGCAACCAUUCCCAGCCUAUGCUGGAUUGAUUUCCUGUCUCAUCAUUGUGGUUGUUUUGAAUGCAAUCAGCAUGAUCAACGGCGAAAAACUGUUGUUUAAAGCUUUGGUGAAUUAUCUGGGUCCAGCAAUUUUGAUCACUAUAUUCACCAUUCUCAAGAUCGUCAGAAGAAGGACACCUGGUUGGGUAACACUCGGAGAUUUUGCACAAUUGCGAGAAACCCUGCUCAGACUCGACGGUCUCAUAGAAGGUGGACGUCCCAUCACCCCUCCCGAGGAGCAAGGCGGCAACGUGCCACAACUCAACUACAAUCCACCAUACGGCGGCAAUAUGGGGCCACCUCCUGUGAACUACGGAAGUGGAUACCAGAACAACGGCUACGCUGUUCCACCUUACCAAAAUGGCACCGUCAUACCACCGAGGCCAAAUCCAUCUCCAGCUGCAGGCUUCGCCAUGCCACCUACUGCGGCACAGAUUGAAAGGCAAGGUCAAGGACAGAAUUCCCAGAACCACCCUUCUUAUCAAUCUCUGGAUCCCCGCUCACAGUCGCCCAAUGCUGAUUAUGAGCUUCAUGAAUUCGGUUCCCCUGUGAGUCCAGUGGGACAAGAUACUUACAGCGAAGUACAUAGCGAGUCGGCGACUUCUGACGUGAGACACGGGAGUAUGGUGAGCACGAUGGACGAGAGAUUGACGCCAGGCCUUGGCUAUGCAAGGAAUGAUGCGUUCUUGGAUGCUGGGUAUCCACGACAACCACAAAGAGGGGAGCUUUCUUGAAGUGUGGGACUGGCAUGCUUCCGAAGAAAGAAGAUUUGUGUA